UUCUCUCUCACAGUCCAAAAUCAAAUUCAAGCUUCUUAAGUUCUUCUCUAAGCUCAAAACUAAUCUUCAUCUCUCUCGUUUAAAUCUCUGCUUAAACCCCACUCUUAAUCUUCUUUUCUCUCACUACCCAUUUCCCCAUUUCCCCAUUUCCCCAUUUCCCCAUUUCUCUCUCUCUUCUCCAUCUUCUUCUUCUUCUUCCUCUGUUCCCCAUUUCCCCUUCUGGGUUUCGCCAUUCCUUAGGGCUGCAGCAGAGAAAUUCGCUUUAUGACAGAGGGCGGGAAAGUUCUGAGCUAGAUCUUUAAUGGCGAGUAGUAAUCACAUUAACACCACCGCUUAUGGUGCGGAUGUUCUCGACUCCGCUAAGCUUGCGCUUUCCUCCUCUGCUUCUUUCAAGGCUGCUCGCAAGAAGCCUAAUGUUGCUGCUCCGCCAAUUUCACGUGCUGGCUCUGAUGUGGAUGACAUUAUUACUCUCUUGCACGGCUCUGAUCCAGUCCGCGUCGAGCUCAAUCGCCUCGAGAAUGAAGUUCGAGAUAAAGAUAGGGAACUGGGGGAGGCUCUUGCUGAAGUUAAGUCGUUAAAAAAUUCAGAACGGCUCAAAGAGAAGGCAGUUGAAGAGUUAACGGACGAGUUGAAGAAAGUAGAUGAAAAGCUCAAGGCUUCUGAAGCUCUUUUGGAAAGCAAGAAUCUUGAGAUCAAGAAGAUUAAUGAUGAGAAAAAAGCUGCAUUAGCUGCACAAUUUGCUGCUGAAGCCACCCUUCGAAGGGUACACGCAGCUCAAAAAGAUGAUGAAAUGCCUCCAAUUGAGGCCAUUAUAGCUCCAUUGGAGGCAGAGCUUAAGCUAGCCCGGUUGGAGGUGGCAAAGUUGCAAGACGACAAUAGAGCUCUGGAUAGACUUACAAAGUCCAAGGAGGCUGCACUACUUGAGGCUGAGAGAACCGUCCAGAUUGCUUUGGCAAAAGCAUCCCUGGUUGAUGACUUACAAAAUAAAAACCAAGAAUUAAUGAAGCAAAUUGAAAUAUGCCAGGAGGAGAAUAAGAUACUGGACAGGUUGCACAGGCAAAAGGUUGGAGAAGUUGAAAAGCUCAUGCAAACUGUCCGUGAGCUAGAGGAGGCUGUCUUGGCUGGUGGUGCUGCUGCCAAUGCUGUGCGUGAUUACCAACGAAAAGUGCAAGAGAUGAGUGAAGAAAGAAGAACUUUAGAACGUGAGGUAGCUCGUGCAAAAGUUACUGCCAACAGGGUUGCUACCGUUGUUGCUAAUGAAUGGAAAGAUGCAAAUGAUAAAGUGAUGCCAGUAAAACAAUGGCUUGAAGAAAGAAGAUUUUUUCAGGGAGAAAUGCAGCAACUUCGUGAAAAACUAGCAGUUGCUGAACGCACUGCAAAAGCUGAAGCACAAAUGAAAGAAAGAUAUCAAUUACGCUUCAAGGUUUUAGAGGAAAGGCUUAGAUCGUCUAAUGGCAACCCAAAAAUUAUUUCCGAAGGAAGAAGCACAAGCACUGGAAUUUCCAGACGUCAAUCUCUUGGAGGAGCAGAACUGACUAGACUGUCUUCAAAUGGCUAUUUAUCAAGGAGAAAUACAAACUCACACACGGGGUCGCUCCAGUCAAACAGUGCCAGUGCAUUGUUGAAGACAACAAAAAUCUCUUCGAGAUCAUUUGAUGGUGGUAGUAGAUCACUGGAAAGAGAUAAGCUCGUACAAGAUGCAGUAGUAAAAGAUAACUCAGCCACAAUAACCAGUGGUGAGAUUCAAUUUUCUGAGACAACUGCUCCAUAUGAAGAGAAUGAAGACGGUAUCCCAGUUGAAAAAACCAAAACAGAGCAAGAAGAUUACGUUUCCGGAGCAUUGUAUGACAUGUUACAGAAAGAAGUCAUAUCUCUUAGGAAAGCUUGCCAUGAAAAAGAUGUAACCCUCAAAGACAAGGAUGAUGCAAUUGAGAUGUUGGCAAAGAAGGUUGAUACUUUGAAUAAAGCAAUGGAAGUCGAAGCAAAGAAAAUGCGAAGAGAAGUAGUUGCAAUGGAGAAGGAACUUGCUGCUAUGCGUGUAAGCAGGGAGAGCGAUCAAAGGCCACGACGCCAGAGUGCACCUAGGGGGGCUGUAGUUGGUUCUCAGUCACUUCCUGUCAGGAAUAUCCGAAACAGAUAGGGCGUCAACGUGUGAUGAAAUGACUUUUUCUUAUCGACUCUAUUGUCAAUAUAAUUGUAUUUUCAUGUUGUAAAACUCCGCUCCUCCUCUGCCUUAUUGUUGCAAUCAUGUCAAGUUUUUAUCUAUUUGUAAAGAAACUAACAUGAGUUUUUCCAGGAAUUCAUCCUGUUCUGUAUAUUAUUGUACCAUUGGUAUGAAGAACAGAAAAUGCAAGUUAAAAGGGGAUGCCAUGAGUUUUAUAUAUGUUAGUGAUGAAUAACUUUGUAUUUUGCCUCC